AUGGCCGACUCGCUGCUCAUCCUGCUCCCGCUGCUCGGCACACUCCGCCCGCCGAGGCUGCCGACCCCGCCCGCCGAGCCGGCCGGCCACCAGCCGCCCACCCAGCUCAUCGCCGCCCUCCUCGUAGCCGCCCUCCUCCUGGCGCUCCCCCUGCCGCACACGCUGACCGGCUGGCCCGCCCGGGUGCCGUUCACCGACGAGCGCGGAUACCGCCGCCCGGCCGGCCAGCCCCUCGCACACGCCGGGCCGACCCUGCGCUACUCCCAGGCCGACUACCUCCGCGUCCUCGCCCGCGCCAGACUCGACCUGCUCGCCUUCACGACCCUCAACCUCUGCGCGCUCCUGCUCGACAUCCUGCUCGCCCGGCUGGCCGACCGCUGGCUGCCCAGCAUGUCCGUCUUCGAGUGUCUCUUCAGCGUCUUCACCUUCCAGUCCUGUCUCUACCUCACCACCCGCCUCGCCCGCAGAGCCUUCACCCUCGCCGAGUCUUCCGUCUUCUCCUCCAUCAGCGUCGCCCUCAUGAUCGAGGUCAUCAGACUCACCUCCGCCCGCCUCCGCUACUCCGCCUUCCUCCGCACACAGCGCGCCUCGCCCGGCCCCCCCGCCCCGCUCUCGGACGCCGACAGGCUCAGCUUCCUGCCCGGCCUCUUCCGCUUCCCCACCCCCGCCAUCGCCAUCCAGCACGUCCUCGUCUCCGGCAUCUUCCUCAUGGCCUUCACCCUCGCCCCCCUGCUCGUCCUGUCCCGCAGGCUCGGCCAGCGGCCCACCAAACGCACCCGUCCCUCCACCCGCUCGCUCUCCAGACACCCCGCCAGCCAUCGCCACCGCUCCUCGCCCACCCGCCCCGCCCCCCCGCCGCAGACGAUCCAGAAGCCCAUCUGGACCAGCGAGCCCGCCCAGCCGGACUACUACCAGCGCUUCUCCAACCCGGAUGCCCAGCACCAUUCGCGCCAGCACGAGAGCGCACUCAAGGAGAACCUGCGCAAGGUGAUCGCGCUCUCGAUCUACGCCUCGAUCCUGUGGAUCGGCCUGGUCGUCAUGAGCCACUGGCUCGGCUGGCUCUUCGAAAUCGGCCGCGACCGCAGGGUGCAGCAGGCCUGGUGGCGCCGCAUCCUCGGCCCGGGAUGGCUGGCCUUCUUCUGCUACUCCUUCCUCCGAUACCCCCACUCCCGCCAUCCAGCCGAACUCAGCGUGCUCGGCAUCGGCCUCCUGAUCGCCAUGCUGGUCUACUGGUGGAUCUGUCUCGUAGCAGCCAUCGGCGGCUGGACCUCUUACCUCGUCCGUAAACGUCGCUCCCUGAGGAACAGCCACAGGAUCCCCUCGGAGAUCGGAACCCUUGCCGGCUGGCGCUCGUCGUGGAAGAAGAGUCCUCCAUCGAGCAACAUCACCCUGGCUAGCUCGCUUAGAUACAUCGCCGACGCGCUCUGCAGCCCCCGCCAGCCCCCAAGAGCUUCAGAGCCCGUCGACCCUCCUAGUGCUCCGGCCACCAAAUGCAGGCCCAGCCACUUGGUCGGCAAGGUCUCCCUGCUCGUACGCAGAACCUUCAGCGAGCCCCAACCCGACACCGUCCGCCAGAGAUCUUCGCCUCCCACAGACCUACUCUCCACUAGACCCACCUCGCCCUCCGCCAUCGCCUCGCCCAAACCCACUCUGCCCACCACACCCUCCCUCUCCGCCGCCUCCCCCUCUCCGCCGCCGCUUCAUCCCCAGACAUUAUCUGGCCCCGGCUCACUCCUAGGAUCCACCAAAAGCCAACACCUUAACUUCAAGCGCAAGUUCUUCCAUCUGCUCGUGUGCUUCAUGUUCCUGCCCACCAUCCCUAUCGACAUCGAGUUCUCCUCGAUCUCCUUCUCCGUCGCCUUCGUCAUCUUCACGUUCUGUGAAUUCGCGCGUUACUUCGCAUUCUACCCGAUCGGCGCGGCGAUCCACCUGUUCUUCAACGAAUUCAUAGAUGAGAAAGAUUCCGGGCCGGUGAUCCUGAGUCAUUUCUACCUCUUAACGGCCUGUUCGACGGGCAUAUGGCUAGACGGCCUCGGCCCCUUGUCCCGUGGGCCCGAAGCGAAUAUGGGGGGGAGUGUCGAAGGAGGGGGGCGGAUGGCCGGGCUGCUGCCUGUCCCGCUCGCCCGGCUGCUCAGCCCGGCCGAGGCGAUCCGAGCCGCAGGCGUGGGAUGCUCGAUCGAGGACCUGAUCGGGGUCAUCGUGCUCGGCGUGGGCGACUCAUGUGCAUCGAUCGUCGGCAAGCGCGUCGGCAGGGUCAAGUGGUCCGCCGGCUCCAGCAAGACCGUCGAGGGAUCGCUCGCGUUCGUAGCCUCCGUCGUCGCCGUGUCACUGCUCUUGAGGCUUGUCGGCCUGGUCUAUCCGUUCCCAUUCUUCAGGUACCUCCUGGGCAUCGUGUUGGCCGCGCUGCUCGAGGCGGUCACCGCCCAGAACGAUAACCUCGUCCUGCCGCUAUACACUUGGUCGAUCCUGAAACUCCUCUUCCGCUCCCCUUAA